CUUGGUCUUGUUUCUUCUCCUUCUUCGCUUUAUAAGUCAAUCGCGUUUCUUCACCUCUCACCAACUUUCAUCUUCGCCAUAAUAGAAAACUGGUAAUUAUGGGAACCAGCUUCCAAGGGGUUGUGUUGUCUCUGUUCGUUUCGAGCUUGUUGUUGUCUCUGGUGUCCUCUGCAGCCCCAGCCAGUGAUGGGUUGUUUAGGAUUGGACUGAAAAAGGUGAAGUUGGAUGCGAAUGAGCGGCUUGCUGCAGCGGUUGAAUACAGGAAUGGAGAGGAGUUGAGGGGUUCGAUUAGGAAGUAUGGUUUCCCUUCUAAUCUGGGAGACGCUGAGGGGGAGGAUAUUGAUAUUGUCAAAUUAAAGAACUACUUGGAUGCUCAGUACUAUGGUGAGAUCGGUAUUGGCACUCCCCCUCAGCCGUUCACUGUGAUUUUCGACACUGGCAGCUCUAAUCUGUGGGUUCCGUCGAACAAGUGUUAUUUCUCGGUUGCGUGCUACUUCCAUGCCAAGUACAAGUCGAGCCAAUCGAGUACAUACAAGAAGAAUGGGAAAUCUGCUUCCAUCCAGUAUGGUACUGGAGCUAUUUCAGGUUUCUUUAGUAAUGACAAUGUUAAAGUUGGGGACCUCGUUGUGAAAGACCAGGAAUUUAUUGAAGCAACUAGUGAGCCUGGUCUAACAUUUUUGGCUGCCAAGUUUGAUGGGCUAUUAGGCCUCGGAUUUCAAGAGAUUUCAGUUGGAAAUGCUGUCCCAGUGUGGUACAACAUGAUUAAGCAAGGGCUUAUCAAGGAACCAGUGUUUUCUUUUUGGAUGAACCGCAAUGCAGCAGCACAAGAAGGUGGUGAACUUGUGUUUGGGGGAGUUGAUCCCCAUCACUUCAAGGGAAAGCACACAUAUGUUCCUGUAACACAGAAAGGCUAUUGGCAGUUCGACAUGGGUGAUGUUCUUAUUGGUGAUAAACCAACUGGAUAUUGUGCUGGUGGUUGUCAUGCAAUUGCAGAUUCUGGAACUUCUCUUUUGGCUGGUCCAACGACAGUGGUUACAUUGAUAAAUAAAGCCAUUGGAGCCAAUGGGGUUGUUAGCCAGGAAUGCAAGGCUGUUGUUCAACAGUAUGGUCAAACCAUUAUGGAGCUUCUCUUGGCUGAGGCUCAACCAAAGAAGAUCUGCUCCCAAAUUGGAGUGUGCACCUUUGAUGGGAGUCGUAGUGUUAGUAUGGGCAUUGAGAGUGUGGUGGAUAAGAACCGUGGAAAAUCUUCUGGAGUUCUUCAUGAUGCUUCAUGCUCUGUUUGUGAGAUGGCAGUUGUCUGGAUGCAAAACCAGCUUAAGCAGAAUCAGACCCAGGAUUAUAUUUUGAACUAUGUUAAUGAGCUUUGUGAUCAAAUGCCAAGCCCAAAUGGACAAUCGGCUGUUGACUGCCAACAUCUUUCUUCCAUGCCUACCAUUUCCUUCACCAUUGGUGGUAAAGUUUUUCCGCUCACCCCAGAGGAGUAUGUACUCAAGGUGGGCGAGGGUCCACAAGCCCAGUGCAUAAGUGGCUUCACUAGUAUGGACAUUCCUCCUCCCCGGGGACCUCUCUGGAUCCUGGGAGACGUCUUCAUGGGUCGCUACCACACUGUCUUUGAUUAUGGUAAUAUGAGAGUUGGAUUUGCAAAGGCUGCAUAAACAAAAUACAUUGGGACCCUUUUAAUAGCUGAUGUUCAUCUUUAUUUACUUGCUGUGUGCCUGGAAUUGUGCCUCUCUGUAAUGGAGCCAGUAGUUAAAACUUGGAAGUUUGGGGUGGUGUUGUCCUCGCUGUAAAUAAACCGUUAGCAACCUUAUAUCCAAUGUUAGGCUUCCGAGUAUUUUUUGUU